AUGACGGAUAACGAGUACAAUUCGUCGGGUAACGAGUAUCAACGUUCGGAAACAAGUUUUUCCGGCUUUUUCGAGGUUCGUUUAGAAGAUUAUGGCGGUGACGGAAUUGAUUACAUCGAUUGGUUUAAGCCAGGAUAUGGGUUUGAUACUGAUAUGAAAGGUUCGUUCACAGAUUCUGAUUCAUUCGUACGAAAAAAUAUGAAGACAAAAGCGUGUCAGUGCGAAUUCAAAAUUGUUGUCAAAUUAGGCAAGACUGCAUGGUUUAUACUUACGGAUCCUGGUAUUUCGAGUAAACACAGCCAUGCUUUAGCUGUGUAUCCUGAAGGAUACCGUCAGAUGAGUGGGCUGAGUGGUGAGGGGAAAGAAAUUGUGCGAGAUAUGAGUGCGGCACAAGCAAAGCCGUGUUCUAUUAUGACAGCUUUGAAAGAAAAAGUACCAUCUGACAACCCUACAAUAACGCAAGUGUACAACUACAAAGAGAAUUUGAGAAAGUCUAGCUUUGAGGGUAGAGAUGUGGUUGCUCAAUUUUAUCACAUGGCUCAGAAUAGUGAUUAUGUGCACUGGACUCUUGCUGAGGAGGAUACAGGUGUGGUGACCCACAUUUUUAUGGCUCAUCCUGAUUCAGUGAGACUACUACGUUCGUACUACUGGAUCAUCGGUAUGGACUCCACGUACUAG